AUGAGUGCACUCAUCAAGUACAUCGCUGCACGCUCGGGAAGCGCCGUCGCUCCUGCUGCCGCCCGCGCCAUGUCCACCUCCUCGACGUCGCUCCUUGACGAGCUCAAGCAGCAGCUCCCCGUGCGUCAGGAGGCGCUCAAGAAGCUCAAGGCCGAGCACGGCCACAAGUCGCUGGGCGAAGUCACAGUCGAGCAAACGCUUGGCGGCGCUCGUGGCAUCAAGUCUCUUUUAUGGGAAACGUCUCUACUGGAUGCUGAAGAAGGCAUUCGCUUCCGUGGCCACACGAUUCCCGACCUCCAGAAGGUACUACCGACCAGCAUCCAAGGCGGGGAACCCCUCCCUGAAGGUCUGCUCUGGCUCCUGAUGACGGGUGAAGCGCCUACAGACGCUCAAGCAGCGAGCGUCACUGCUGAGCUCCACGCCCGUGCCAAGGUGCCGGAGCACGUGACGAAGCUCAUCCGGGACCUCAAACACGCGCAUCCCAUGACACAGCUGUCGGCUGCUGUUACCGUCAUGAACACGGAGAGUGUCUUUGCCAAGAAGUACGCGGAAGGCAUUCACAAGUCGACGUACUGGGAGCACACGUACGAAGACAGCAUGAACCUCACUGCGCGGUUGCCGGAGAUUGCAGCUCUCAUCUACCGCAACACGUACUACAGCGAGUCGAACCACGCGUACGACGCGAGUCUCGACUAUUCGGCCAACUUUAAUCGCAUGUUGGGCUACGACAAUAGCGAGUUUGACGAGCUCAUGCGUCUCUACCUCGUGAUCCACAGUGAUCACGAAGGUGGCAAUGCGAGUGCCCACGCCACGCACCUCGUUGGAUCGACUUUGUCGGAUCCGUACCUCGCUUUAGCCGGUGGGCUGAAUGCCCUGGCCGGUCCGUUGCACGGUCUGGCUAACCAGGAGGUACUGGGCUGGAUCCUCGACCUCCAGGCCGAGUUCCACUCGAAGGGGCUCGAGGUGAACAAGGAGACGAUCACGCAGUUUGCCUGGGACACGCUGAAUGCUGGCAAGGUCAUCCCGGGCUACGGCCACGCGGUGCUGCGCAAGACGGACCCGCGUUACACGUGCCAGCGCGAGUUUGGCCUCAAGUACAUGCCCAACGAUGAGCUGUUCCGUAUUGUGGAUACGAUUUACCAGGUCAUGCCGGGUGUUUUGACCGAGCACGGCAAGACGAAGAACCCGUACCCGAACGUGGACUCGCACAGCGGCGUGUUGCUCCAGUACUACGGCAUGACGCAGAAGAAUUACUACACGGUGCUGUUUGGUGUGUCGCGUGCGAUUGGCGUGCUCUCGCAGCUCUUCUGGGACCGUGCACUGGGUCUGCCGCUCGAACGCCCCAAGUCGGUGACGAGUGAGUGGAUCAACAACCACUUUGCCAACAAGAAGUAG